AUGGCUGAAGCGCAGCUGCCGCCGCCCAACUUCGCCGUGGUCUGGUCUGGUGUCUUCCGCUCCGCCUUCCCAGUGGUGUACCUGUGCCCGGAGGAGUACCCAGAGACGCACCUCCGCUUCCUCGAGGCGGAGGGCAUCGCGCUCCACCAGUUCGGGAUGACGGGCAGCCGCUGCCUUUUGCUGUAG